CAUCACUAUUUGAUUAAAAAAACUGGCUUCAUAUAUAUAAAUACCGUUCCUCCCGUUCCUAGGGCUUCUGAUUCUCUGAGCCAACAAGCAGCAGCCGCGCAUCAUUUGAAUACGAUUCAAGCGUCACAAUGGCGAGAAUUAAGGUUCACGAACUGAGAGACAAGUCGAAGAGCGAUCUUCAGAACCAGCUUCAGGAUCUUAAGGCUGAGCUCGCUCUCCUCCGUGUCGCUAAGGUCACCGGAGGUGCUCCCAACAAGCUCUCCAAAAUCAAGGUUGUCCGAAAAUCCAUAGCUCAGGUGUUGACCGUGACUUCUCAGAAGCAGAAGUCUGCUCUCAGAGAAGCGUACAAGAACAAGAAGUUCAUCCCUCUCGAUCUCCGUCCCAAGAAAACACGUGCUAUCCGCAGGCGCCUCACCAAACAUCAGCUAUCGUUGAAGACAGAGCGUGAGAAGAAGAAGGAAAUGUACUUCCCGAUCAGGAAGUACGCCAUCAAAGUUUAAAUCUUUCUAUUAGAAACUCUGUUUUCAGCUUUUGUUCUUUUUGAUGGAAACUUGUUAUUGGUUCUUUACCUGUGCUAUGGUGUCAAACAGUUUCAGUAACAUGGAUUUUGGUUCUUAUUGAUAUUUUCAUUUUAUC